AUGCCAAUCACUGGACAUCCCGUACAUCCCACCGGCACUCAGAUUGUAGCUAACUUAGAGCGGCUUGCUGCUGCUGCCGGAGCAAACGGCCUUCCCACUCCCAGCCACACGCAAAACACGAGUCACCUCACCCAGCGUCCCAGUACUAAUACCACUGAAGUGCCAUCGACAGUUACAGCCAAGCCUCCUCGCAAACGUAACAAGACCAAGGGUAAAAACAAACGCAACAAACGAAAGCGAGGUGACAAAGGCUCCGGCUCCGAAACUGAAGACGUGCCGAUAUUUGACCCAGCCGACUUGAAAAACUCCGACAAGACCGCGCUUCAGCUUCGUUACUUAGCGGAGGAGCAUUCCUCAUCCGGAAUGUCGGAUGAAAUACUCGAGUCUGUACUUGAGUUCCAUGAAGAAAUGCAAACUUUGAUUGCAAUCAAAGCCCUCAAACUUGGAACCACCGUCUUGGCCAUCGAAGCAGUUUUUGGAAAGUAUAUCGGGGUUCGUCGCCCUUCGCGAUGGAACCGAUUCCUACAAAGUCCGAGAGCCAGGGCGGUAUUCAAAGCAGCUUGCGGGGUAGGUAGCGGCGAAGGCAUGAGACAACUGAGUGUGGUAUGGAAAAGCAUGUCCGAAGUCGAAAAGGAAGUCUAUAAUGAGGCUACCCAAGAGGCCGAUCUGGCCAGUCUUCAAGCUAUGGACAAAGACCUGGCAAACCUGGCAGUUGGCUCUCGCUCUCGAGACCAAAUACUACAGUCUGCAUCAAACACUGUAAUCAAUCCUCGAAGUCUCAAAAAAUACAAGGAUAAUGCCAACAGAUAUCUAGAUGACGUUAUGAAACAUUGCGUUCCUGUCGCCAAAUCCAACCACUUCGAGAUGAUCAUUGUAGCUGUUUCAAACCACAUAUCGGAUCAUAGCUUCCAGAUGACGCGCUCAACGGUAGGAGUCAAGAAGAUUGUCGAGGAGAUUUACGCGAUCGAUGGCGUCAAUAAAUUCGCAACCGAAGUACAAGCACACUUGGUCGGUCGAAAACCCAGCGAGCUGACUAAAUCCCAAUCAGAAAAUGCACGCAAGUUUCAUGCGAGAGUGGUUGCGUCCCUCUCCACUUAUUGUAAGGAGGUGACCGGGUUGAAACACUGGCCAUGGAGUAAUUGUGACGCGACUUUCAAGGAAGCCGGAUUCAAAUUUGAAUUACUCCCUGGCGCCUGA